AUGGUGAAUACGGGAGAUGUCUAUAUUGUAUCCGCUGCGCGCACAGCCAUUGGUAGCUUCAAUGGAUCACUUUCUGAAUUGAAAGCUUCCGAGCUUGGUAGUAUAGUUAUUAAAGAAAUAUUGAAGCGAAGCAAAGUAGAAAAUAGUGAUGUGGACGAAGUUAUAAUUGGUCAAAGCCUUACAGCCGGUCAGGGCCAAAACCCCGCAAGGCAAGCGGCGCUGCAAGCUGGACUUCCCAUUACUGUUCCCGCGUACAAUAUAAAUAUGCUUUGUGGUUCUGGUUUGAAAACUGUGGCCUUAGGUUAUCAAUCUAUACGUGCUGGAGAUUCUAAAAUUGUAAUUUGUGGCGGCCAAGAGAGCAUGUCUAUGGCACCACACGUUAUUCAUUUACGAAAUGGUAUCAAAAUGGGUGCAGGUACAAUGUUAGAUACAAUGUUACAUGNUCUUACACGGAGUGAACAAGAUGAGUAUGCUGUUCGUUCACAAAACUUGGCUGAAAAUGCUCAGAAAAAUGGGUUCUUUGAAAAAGAAAUAGUAUCUGUUGAAAUCAAAACGCAUACAGGAACACAAAUUUUUGAUAAGGAUGAGUAUAUCAAAACUGGUACCACAAUGGAAUUAUUAAAAAAAUUAAAGCCUAUUUUUAUUGAUAAUGGAUCUGUCACAGCCGGAAAUGCCUCUGGCGCAAAUGAUGGUGCAGCGUUAGUGUUGCUAAUGUCAGGCGCUGAGGUAGAGAAACGAUCUGUUAAACCUAAGGCUAAAAUUGUUGCGUGGGCGCAAACUGGAGUAGAACCUGAUGUAAUGGGUAUUGGACCCGUAACCGCGGUAGAAGCAGUGCUGCUGAAAGCUGAAUGGUCAAAGGAAGAAGUUGAUCUAUUUGAAUUAAAUGAAGCAUUUGCCGGUCAAUCAAUUGCAGUAUUAAAGGGUCUAAACAUAAACUCCGACAAAGUCAAUGUUAAUGGCGGUGCAAUUGCACUGGGGCAUCCGAUAGGUGCAUCUGGUUGUAGAAUUCUAGUCACGCUAUUGUAUGCCCUAGAAAGAUUAGACGUAAAAAAAGGUAUAGCUUCAUUGUGCAUUGGCGGCGGCAUGGGUAUCGCUAUGGCUAUUGAACGUGUUUAGAGUAAAUCGUAUAAUUUACAAUAUCUAUAAAGUACUACUACACAAACAUACAUACAUUUUUAUGCACAUAUUAGGGUUGUUAUUUUCUCGUUUUUUCGGAUC